AUGGCUGGGCACUUGGGGCGAGAGCUGGGGCGCCCCUACCCCUUUCCCGUCCAGGGCCUCCACCUGAGCAACCUCCCCGCCGUCCCCCAUCACGAAACGCCCGGGGGCUUCUUGCCCGAAGCCUUCAACGGGGCGACGCCUGGGCAGGGCUAUGGGUUUAAGCCGGACUAUGGGCCCCAGGGAGGGAUGAUGGAGGCCCUCCCCGGCGGAGGAGAGGCGCCCCGGGUUUGGUACCCUUUCCCGGCGGGCGGGGACGCCUGGGGUCACCAUCCCGGGGUGGUGAUGGGGCCUUAUGGGGUCGCUCAGUCUGGGGAGGCCUGCCCGGGCCCGAAGCCCGACAUCAAGGUGGAGCGAGACUGUGACCAGGCAGGGCCCUACUACGGGCACCCCUGGGCAGGGGGCUGCGUCCUGCCUCCCACGCCCACCUUAGCCCGUACGGCGCCCGGCAACAGCCAGGAGACUCUGUCCCCUGGCUACGAUCACCAGCCGCCCAGCAGCCCUGCCAGCCAACCUGAGGAGGUGGGCAGCGCUGCCAGCAGCCCCCGAAGCGGUGGCAGCAGAAGCCCGGAGGAGCCCAUAGCCUCUGGAGAAGUCAAAGAAGAAGGGGGCAGUGGAGACGAGGACAUUCCCACCUCAGAAGAACUGGAACAGUUUGCCAAAGAACUGAAGCACAAGAGAAUCACUUUGGGCUUCACUCAGGCAGAUGUUGGACUUGCUCUGGGGGUGUUGUAUGGGAAGAUGUUCAGCCAGACCACCAUCUGCCGCUUUGAGGCCCUGCAACUCAGCUUUAAGAACAUGUGCAAACUGAAGCCACUCCUUCAGAGCUGGCUGCACGAGGCAGACAGCAACGAAAACCUACAGCAGCUGUGUGCAUCGGAGUCUGCCCUGAUCCAAGCUCGGAAACGCAAACGUACGAGCAUCGAGACUACCGUGCGGGGCUCCCUCGAGACUUACUUCCUGCGUUGCCCCAAGCCCAACCUGCAAGAGAUCUCGCAGAUCGCGGAUGACCUCCACCUGGAGAAGGAUGUCGUCCGUGUUUGGUUCUGCAACCGCCGCCAGAAGGGCAAGCGCACCUUAGGAGCCGGCUCUCGGGAUGAAUACGACAGCUCUGCUCUGCUGCCGCUGCCGCCUUUCCCACACGGGCCGCUUCAGGCCCAGCCCCCCGGGCUCAGCCCCACCCACCACCAGCUAGCCCCCCCUCCUCACCCCCAGGGCUAUAACACGGAUGCCUUCGCUACCCUUUACCUCCCCCAGUUCCAUGAGGGAGACCCCUUUGCUCCCCCCACAUCUGGCUCCCCAGUUAUGGGCCAUCCGAUGCAUUCAAGCUGA